AUGUCUUCCUUGAACGACCUGCUUAAAAUCGCAAACCCAGUUCGCGCGUUUGCCUUGAAAAACUUCAGCGUUACUGCUCAUCCUGAUGAGGUUCUCCAGAUCCCCUCACGAGAAGAAGGGCGUUUUAUUCGAAUUCAUGCCUACAAUACACUCCAUAGGAGUCCCCCGGCCCCGGUUCUCGUCAACUUCCAUGGCAGUGGCUUCGUGAACCCUUUGCAUGGAAGUGACGACGAGUUUUGCAAAUUCAUUGUCGAAAAAACUGGAUUCACUGUCCUGGACUGCUCCUACAGACUCGCACCGGAGAAUAAAUUCCCUGCUGCAGUCCACGACGCCGAAGAUUCCGUGCGAUGGGUUCUUUCGCACCCGGAGAAGUUCGAUGCUUCCCAGCUAUCGAUUUCAGGCUUUAGUGCUGGAGGAAUUCUGUCUCUAGUCCUCAGCUCGGUGGUCUUUCCACACGGAACAUUCAAGAAUGUCUUCGCCGCAUAUCCUCCAACAGAUAUGGUCCAAAGUUCGGCGGACAAGAUUGCCCCUGAUACCUCGAGGGAUGGUGCACCUGUCGAGCUGCUGGAUACAUUCGUGAAAUGCUAUUAUUCAACCCCUGAAGAAGUGCACAGCAUCCUUGCCUCACCGGCCUUCAUACCGGCCGAAAUGUUCUCUGAUAGAAUUUUUCUCGCUACUGCGGCGUGCGACUGCCUCUGUCUCGAAGGAGAGGCGCUUGGAAAUAAGAUCAAAGCUGCGACGACCAAACGUGUUCAGAUGCACCGGUAUGAUGGUUGUGAACACGCUUUUGACAAAGCGUAUGAAAAAGGCUCUGUCCAGGAAAGAGCGAAAGAUGACCUCUACGAAAGGAUGGCCUCGUUCCUAAAAGAGUGA